GAAGCACCUGCAAUAUGCUUCUCAUCUGACCUAUCUCAUGCCCUUCAUUCCACCUCGUCCUUCCUCUCAGAUUCUGAAACCCCAGCUCCAUCCGGUCCGAACGAGGAGGGAUGGGUUGUAGGUCCCAAAGGACGGCUCCUCCUCUGGAUCCCACUCACUUUCUAUUCGUCUGCGAUGUAUACCCCAGGCAACACGCUGGUGAUAUCCAACAAUGCUGUACAGCUGGACUUGAGUCAUGUUGCGCACGGCACAUCAUGGCACGAGUGU